UUUCGCUUUGCCGUUUGGAGAUGUGUCAUUAAGCCAAAAUGUCGGAGCUGCUGAUGAAAGAGAUGGAAAACAUAUCCCUCAGUAACGGGAAGCCAGGGGAAGUGCAGGCCGACGGUGUGCGGAGUUUUCUGCUGGUGGACGAACAGGAAAACCUGCAGGUGCGUGAUGAGUUUGAGUUUGUGGAGCGGCUAAGCUGUGGGGAUGUUGCAGGCGUCAAGGUCCUCUCCAUCUUUGGAAACACUGGCGAUGGCAAGUCCCAUACCCUUAAUCACAUCCUUUUCGGGGGAGAGAGCGUGUUUUACACCUCCAAGUCUCCCAGCUCUUGCACCGUGGGGGUGUGGGCGGCCUAUGAUCCCACCCUCACCCUGGUUGUCCUGGACACAGAGGGGUUGCUGGGGGCCGCAACCAAUCAGAACCAGAGGAUGCGGCUGCUGCUCAAGGUGUUGGCGGUGUCGGACGUGGUGGUGUACCGAACGCGGGCCGAGCGGCUCCACAACGACAUGUUUCACUUCCUGAGCAGUGCCUCAGGGGCCUACCUGAAGCACUUCACCCCUGAGCUGAGGGCUCUGUCUAGUCGCUGUGGUCUAGAUGUGCCUCUGUCCUCCCUGGGGCCAGCUAUCAUCAUCUUCCAGGAGACCACACACACUCAGCUGCUAGGAUAUGAGUCAAAAGUGGCUGGCUAUGCCGAUAUACUGCUCCAGAGGCGUUUCCAUGACCUAGGCCUGGGGACAGAGGCCUUCAGCUCGGUGCAGUACGUGGGCACUCACACUGUCACACCUCCCACCGACUACACCCUGCUUCUGGAGGCCGUAAGGCAGCAAGUCAGGAACACACACACCCGCUCUCCACGCCAGCCCGGGAUAGUCUUCCAUGCUCUGGAAGCCCUGAGUGAGCGUUUCUGUGGGGAGAUCUCAGACGAUAGGAACACUCUAUAUUCCUUCUUCCCUGAUGAAUACUUCACCUGCUCCUCUGUCUGCCUCAGCUGCAAUGCACGCUGUAGGAAUGGAAUGAACCAUUUGAGAGACAGAGUCCCUCACAUGGCAGAUGGGCUGUGCCAGUAUGCACACCAGUACAACAACAAGGUUCUCAUCUGCAAGAGGUGCUAUGAAGGAGGCAGAGAGGUCAUAGUGGUGCCCAAGACCUCAGCUUCCACUGACAACCCAUGGCUUGGACUAGCAAAGUAUGCCUGGUCAGGCUAUGUAUUGGAGUGUGCUAGCUGUGGUAUAAUCUACCGCAGCAGACAAUACUGGCUCAGUAACCAGGACCCUGAAAGCAGCGUGGUGAGACCUGAGGUCAAGCAUGUAUGGGAAGGGUCGGAGGCCUUCCUGACAGACCAUCAGAACGCAGCCCAGAGGGUCCUGGAUGGCAUGAACUACGUGAUCCAGUCGGUGUCAGAGUACAGCAUGGGCCCCACCAAAGCUGUCACUGCCUGGCUCACCGACCAGGUUGCACCGCCCUACUGGAGGCCCAAUGCCCAGAUAACUGGGUGCCACGGCUGUCAGAAAGUGUUUGAAGAGGCAGAGAGGAAGCACCACUGCCGCUCAUGUGGCGAAGGCUUUUGCCAGCCCUGCUCCAGCUACAGGAUGCCUGUGCCAGAGAGGGGCUGGGGUGGUGCCCCUGUCAGGGUGUGUGAGGCGUGUUACCGCCACGGAGGGCUGCCGCACACCAAUAGUCAGGUGACUACAGCAGAGCCUCGUGGUCUCAUAGCUCGCAAGGUAACAGAGGUGGCCCAGAGUACUCUAGACAUGGUCAGCACAGCGGUGGACUACCCUCUCUGUUUUGUUAAGGGUGUAGCUCGGCCUGACUACUGGGUACCAGACCAGGACAUCGUCCAGUGUCACCAGUGUUCCAAAACCUUCAACCCCGCCAUGUCCAAGCACCACUGCAGGGCCUGUGGACAGGGCGUGUGCGGAGCCUGCUCCACACAUAUCAAGCCCGUCCCCUCCCGGGGUUGGGACCACCCAGUCAGGGUGUGUGACAGCUGCCAUGCACGAAAGGGCAGCCUGUGACGUCUGCCCCCCAGGGAAACAUUUCUGGACUAAAAUCAGGUGACCUCGAGUCAGGAAUAAGUCAGGCUUGGAAAAAAAACAAAAAACAAAGAACACUUAAUUGUGGCAAUACCGGUCCCAGCCAUAAGGGGCACUGUCCAUAUAGUACCUUAACGGCAGCACUGGAAUCACAUUAAUUUACAUGCAGUGGCUCGAAUGUUAGUUUGGUGUUCUAUCCCCUCACAGAUGCUGCAACACUAGAACUAAUACUAACUACUGGGUUACAGAAAAAGUUAUCUCUUCAACAUACCUCGUGUUUUAUGUGUGGUGAGGUAGAAUCAGUUUGUUCAUGUCCAACACGGUCCUUAGCUUCUCCACACUGCAGAACAUAUGAGUUUAAACACAGAUCAAAACCCUGACAGAGAACCCCAGUGGAUAAUAGCCGACUAUUCCGCUGUCGUAUCAAUUGGCAGUCAGAAAAAAUCACACGGAUGAAACAGGAAUCCGGCGAAAAGAUCAAAAGGGUAAAAGGGAAAGCUGACUUUGACUGACUAACUUCCACAAAUCUUUCUGUGCUCCCUUUGGUCUAUUCCAAUGCCACAACACCACCUGCUCUGUGCUGAGUGCCUUGGUUCUCCAUGAUCAGUCAUUGUCAUUUGGGCAGCCUUGCAGCAUGCUGUCUUCCCUCCAUCUGUUGGCUACACUUGCUUGAAGAAUAGGGAAACAAAUGGGCAGUGAACAGUAGUACAGUCUUAGGACAUAGGUUUUUAUGUUAUGAUGGUGCACGUAAAUGUACGGGUGCCACAAUAAAUACCAUUCACUCCCUUGUGCUCCCAUCACAAAGCCGUCAGAAGAAUUGUAUGGGGUGUAUGUGUGUGUGUGUG